AUGGCGCUGCCCAGUGAAAGCAUGGAGUCUCGUGAGGCCAGUUUCGAUGAAAUCGAAAAUCUUCGUGCCGAAGUUAAACGACUCUCGGAUGUUGUAGCCGAACAAUCUGAGUUGAUCACACACAUCCAGGGGGUCUUAAUUGCAAAGUUGUGCUUCCCGUUCCAGAAGUCUAGCGAGGAUAAGCCGGUGGACAAGUUGGAGUUGCUGACGGAAUUCAAUCAGCAUAAGAUCGCAAUGGCCUGUUUGGAACGGGAUAAUGUGGCCAUGGAGUCGAUGAUUAAACAGCUUGAGAAUAAUGGAAGUGUUCGCUAUUAUUUCAUCGGAAUUGUGGGGUGUCACAGUUGUGCUGAAAAUCAAGGUCUCCCACCUUAG